AUGGCUGACAUGACAACAUUGAUAGUUAUCAGUUCCUUUAUCAUGUUCCCAGCUGUGAUGAUGGCACAGGAAGUUGUAAACCAUGGAGGUAAUGACUAAUGAUAUCAGGACCAAAAUUUUAUUGCGCACCUGUUUGUAGGCAUUAUGUUUAAGCACCCUGCUGUUGUUUCAUAUACAGAAAGCUGUCAAAAAAUCAUUCUGAAGUAAGAAAAAAUGAAAUAGUGAUUUUUACACAUAAAAAAUGAGCGAUCAAGACUUCAAAACGAGCCAAACGCCUUCGUUCAAGACUGAUCCUCUGUUUUACUUUCUUAAUAGAUUUUAAAUGAAUUUGUAUCUUAGAAAAUCGUGCUAUUAUUAUUAUCAUUAUUAUUGUUAUUGUUAUCAUCAUCUUCAUUUUUCUAUUGUUAUAGCGGCGCGAAGCGCGCGCGUGGGCGGAGCCCCAUAGCUAAGGAAAUGUGGUAAUCUACCCAUCCCAGAAAAUUUGGUAAUCACGUGACCGUACACCGAGCGAGCGAUCGAGCGAGCGACCGUCCGUCCGCACCANACAACAUUGAUAGUUAUCAGUUCCUUUAUCAUGUUCCCAGCUGUGAUGAUGGCACAGGAAGUUGUAAACCAUGGAGGUAAUGACUAAUGAUAUCAGGACCAAAAUUUUAUUGCGCACCUGUUUGUAGGCAUUAUGUUUAAGCACCCUGCUGUUGUUUCAUAUACAGAAAGCUGUCAAAAAAUCAUUCUGAAGUAAGAAAAAAUGAAAUAGUGAUUUUUACACAUAAAAAAUGAGCGAUCAAGACUUCAAAACGAGCCAAACGCCUUCGUUCAAGACUGAUCCUCUGUUUUACUUUCUUAAUAGAUUUUAAAUGAAUUUGUAUCUUAGAAAAUCGUGCUAUUAUUAUUAUCAUUAUUAUUGUUAUUGUUAUCAUCAUCUUCAUUUUUCUAUUGUUAUAGCGGCGCGAAGCGCGCGCGUGGGCGGAGCCCCAUAGCUAAGGAAAUGUGGUAAUCUACCCAUCCCAGAAAAUUUGGUAAUCACGUGACCGUACACCGAGCGAGCGAUCGAGCGAGCGACCGUCCGUCCGCACCACAGGCAUACCAAUGUAAAAUAACUCAAUCAACAGGUAUGGGAACCCAAAUGCAACUCAAGGUUUUAUUUGGAAGGAAAUCACAUGGCCGCCCGGACUUUUAGAAAGAAAAAAGACGUGUCUUUUUCGCCGUUAUUUUUUAUGUGUACAAUAACGUGGAUAACAGAGAAAGAGCUUGAGCGCGUUAUUUAAAAUUCGUAGGAAGAAAAACAUGGAAAUUCAAAGCGGCGGUGAGAAAAUGAGAAAUGCUAGCGGCCAGCAAGGUGAAAAUGAGCGGCAGUGAAAAAUAAAAGCGAACAUGAACACUGGAAACAAAAGAUUGGGUAAGCACAUACGACAAUUUCUCCAUAAAAAUAGUGUGUAACUAGGAAGUUUGACGUUUUAGUCGUACAAAACAGCGUUGUAGUCGUGCAAAACAAGCGCAAGGGAAAGACAAAAAAGCGUGCUGCACGCGCAAAUUUGUUUUUUGCUAAUUAGGAGAAAAAGUGUGCUGCACGUGCAAUUUGUUUUUUUGGUAAUUAGAUCUAUUAAUCUUGAAGCCAUUUUCAUUGUCGUCCCCCGUUUAGCAUUUCACGAUUUAAUUUUUUUUGUUUACACGUAUUAUUAACCAGAGCUUCGCUUUUAGCCCUGGCUAAAUCUAUACAUUAAAAUUAUAAUUAUUCCUGUUCCUAUACUACCGUGGCGAAGGUUUAUAAAAGGGAGCUUAUAAAGCGACAACGACGGCGACGGGUACAAAGACGUCAAUAUUGAUAUCUGUAUUGUACUCUGGUUAUUGACCUGAUUGGUUAAUUAAGUCUCGAUGUGAUUGGUCUUGUGUCAGUUAAGCCAUGUUGUUAUUGGCUAUAAAGACUCGAGUCGUUUCGAUCGGUCUUUUGUCACAGUUUUAAAAGCGACGAUCCAGCGACAGGAAAUGGUGAUGUCAACAAUCACACUUCUUAUUGCUGAAUACCAUUUCCAGACGAAACAUAAAAUCGACCGGGACUCUGCGACACAUAUUACGCAUUCUACAGACUACCAUAACUAGUACUCAUCUUAGAAAGCUGGAUUACUAAAUUAGAACAAAAGCCACUGGAAUCGCAGUCAACAGGCACGGCACAAACGACUUAUGGCAGACUCGAGCAAAACUGACAACGAUAGAAGUGUCUUAUAGGCAAGAGACAAUUUGACUAACAAUAAACGACUGUAACAACAAACGACUUUGACUAUGAAGAUGUGAAGAUGACUACCCGACAAAGUCCUAUUCAGGACUGCACCCUGACGAUCAUGCUCCACCUACUUAUGGAUUGAUAAUUACUGUUCAUUUAUUGUUUUGCUGUUUCGCAGUUUGUCCCGUUCCGAUGAAUAAAGAAGAAGAGGAGAAAAUUAAAGAGCAGGAAAGAAACAGAGAAGAAAUGGAAGAGAUCAUGAGAGAGAUUGAAAUCAGUUGUUUAGGUGAGUGAUAAAAAACCAUGGGAUGAAUAAUUAAGUACAAGUAAAAAUAACUUAAGGAGGGUUGGAGUCGUUUUUGUUAUACAAAGAACAAUGUAAAUUAUGCAUUUCUGCACCCGCUCUCUUCAUUGAAAGCGUUGUCGCUCGUGGGACGAAAAAAUCCCGCGCGGAUACCCGGGGGGGGGAUGGGGGUGUACUCCGGAUUUCAAGGGACAGAUCCUUAGAGCUUUUGUUCCAACGCCUACUCUCCAUUGUAUAUACAACGCUCCUCAUUCAAUCUCAAUUCGUUUAUAGUCUUUGUCUAGGGUAAUUGUGGAAAAACUUUUUUUGCAGGCUACAGAAGCUUCAGAACCGUGCUGCUCGUGUUCUAACGUUUUCUAGAUAUGAUGCUUAUACCAACCGCUUAUUUAAACAACUUAAUUGGAAAGACUUGAGCACUCAGUUUCAAAUACAAAAAGCCCUAAUAGUUCACAAGUCUUUAAAUGAUCUUGUUCCAGGAUAUUUAUCCUCUAAAUUGUUAAACGAUGUGAAACGGGCCACUCUCUAAGGGACUCUGUUAACAAACUGAGUAGGAACUAACUUCAUGGAGAACAGCUUCAGUUAUAGGGGAGAAGUGAUAUGAGAGGGCUAAAUUUUUAACAAUACCAAUUAACUGCACUGAAGCACACGUACCAUCUCCGCGGUAUGGCCAGUACCUUAUGCAUGCGCACAACCAUAUCACCCGAGCAGUGGCAGCUAUGGACAGCUGGCUCGCCCUUAGUGGGGCUCAUCCGCCUGGAUAGCCGUUAGGUCAAUUAGCGGGGGAUAGCUGGCGUAUCAAGGAUCAUUUACUGCCGAGGCGAGUGCAAGCACUGCUUUAAUCGUCAGCUCCACCGUAAACAAGUGGUAGCUGUUGGUUGGCAACUGCAAAACAGUUCUCCCACGGCAUGCGUAUGGAGAUGGUAUCACUGAGAAAAAUUGAACAGUGUGCCCAAAUAAAUUGGGGGGGUGGGGGGGGGGGGGGGGUGAGGGAGGGGUUUCUGACCCAUUUCUUAGGAGCCAAAUAAUUUCAGCUGAGGCACCUUUUACAAGACAAAAAGAAGAAAUUUAAACGGACAUGCAGACGGAAAAAAAGAAAGUUUGUCAGUAAGAGUAUAGGCGAUAUUGACCUCCGUAAUCCUCAAGAUACCUGGAAACAGAUAUGUAAAAUCUUUAAUAUUAGAAAACGACAACCACAAGCAAACGAAACAGUAAGUGCGGAACAGUUUUAUGAAUACUUCAAACAACAAAACGCGGCUCCAACGAACGGCGACCAGACAGAUCUAGAAGAUACUGGAGUUCAGGUUGAGGAAGAGGCAGGCCCCCUAGACUAGGCAAUACCGGAAGAAGAAAUUGAUUUCGCAAUCAAAAAACUGAAAUUAAACAAAGCCCCAGGGUGUGAUAAAAUAUUAAAUGAAGUGCUAAAAACCGGGAGAGAUAUCAUAAAAGGUCAUCUACUAGAGUUAUUCAAUCGUAUUUUAAGUGCAGGUAAAUAUCCUACACUCUAGAGUUUUUGCCUCAUCGUCCCUAUAAUACAUAAAUUAAAAAGGAUGAUCGAUCAAAAGCUGAAAACUACCGAGGCGUCACGUUGCUCUCUGCAUAAGGUAAACUCUUCACAUCCAUCCUCAAUGAUCGAUUGUAUAAUUACUUGACCAAAAAAGGAAUUCUAAAAGCAGAACAAGGCGGGCUUUAAAAAAAGGCACGGUACAGUAGAUAGCAUCUUCAUCUUAAAAACACUCAUAGAUAAGUUUGUUAAAUCUAAUUAAAACCACAAAGACGCAGAAACUUGCUUUUCCAGUGUUUUGUAGAUUUUAGAAAAGCUUUUGAUCGCAUACCCAGGCAAAAAUUAUUCGAAAAACUCAGAAAAGAAGGAAUUAAAGGGCGAUUUUUAGAAAUAGCAAUGUCCAUGUACUCAAAAGAUAAGUCAGCAGUCAAAAUCAACAACAAAAUGACCAAACCUUUUCCGUGUUACACUGGAGUUAAACAAGGCUGUAUGUUAUCACCCACCCUUUUUAAUGUCUAAGUGAUCUACCCGAAUUUUUAAAUUCAUCAAGCUCAACCGAUAUUCUGCUUGAUGACUCUGAAAGACCUAUAAACUGUUUAUUAUAUGCGGAUGACUUAGUGAUCUUUUCGCAGUCAGCAAAUGGCCUACAAACGCUCCUCAACAAGUUGGAAUCCUACUGUGAGAAAACUGAACUACCUGUAAAUCUAGACAAAACAAAAGUCAUGAUCUUUAAUAAUUGUGGCAACAUGUCCUUAAAUAACUACUCGUUUAAGUAUGGAGUAAAUAAACUAAACAAUGUUAAAUCUUAUAAAUAUCUGGGAAUGACACUGAACCCGUAUGGAGAUUUUAGUUUAGCUAGAGAAGAGUUAAAAAAAGUUGGGCUUAAGGCACUUUAUAAACUAAGAAAAGAGAUGGGUGACAACUUUAGAGGAAAUAUAAUUAUGCUGACGAUUAAGCUAUUCGAUGCUCUGAUAUCCCCCAUACUUCUCUACGGAAGUGAAAUUUGGGGUAUUGACUGUAACGACCAAAUAGAAAAAGAUCCCGCAGAACUAGUUCGAAUUAUAUUCUUGAAAUGGUUGCUAGGUGUAAAUAAAUACUGCAGCAACAAUGCAUGUAGGGCUGAAACAGGAAGAUUCCCAAUAAAAGUCGAAGCACAAUAUAGGAAUUUUAAGUUUUGGCUUACUCUAACCAAACACCCAAAACACAAAUUAUCACAGGUGGUUUAUAAUGAUAUGAAGUCGAGGAUGAACAAGGAAUUAUGGAGCCAAAAACUCAAACGCGUAUCAGACCAAAUAGGGCUGGGAUACCUCUGGACAAAAGCACAUGAAAAUGACAUAGGAAUCUUGAACAUUAUCAAACAAAGACUAAAAGACAUCGAAUUACAAAGAUGGUUAAGUGACGUAAACAAUGACGUAAGAAAAGACGCCAACCAAAAGAACAAACUAAAAACCUACCGAAAAUUCUAAACAAUAGAAAAUUAUAAAUGUGCAGAUUUUCUCCGUCAGGUCACCAACACCCGACACCGGAUAACUCUAACUAAACUCCGUCUAAGUAAUCACAAAAUUGGCGAUAGAGACAGGUCGGUAUAUGUAAGACCUUAUAAGAAACCGGAAGAGAGGAUCUGUCCUAUCUGUAAAAAAGACGUAGAAGAUGAAAUACGCUUUUUAACUUUGUGCCCUGCGUAUCAAGAAAAAAGAAGUACUUUAUUUGAAUACUUAAACAAAGAUACAGAAUAUCAGUAAACAGAAUGGCACCAGUUGAUGUUUUUCUGUUGUUAAUAAACCCUCCGAGCAAGAACAAACCAGUGCAAAAGUUAAUUGCAAAGUACGUAUUCGACUGCUAUGAGAAAAGAAGAUCAUUAGUUCUUUAGGUUAACAUUGAUUAUAGUUCCACUAGUGUGCAAUGUGUGUUAUGAUUUUAAAUUAUCUGGAUUAAGUCGAUGUAUAGGACUGUGUAAGUCUCCAAAUAAAGCAUUGUCUUGUAUUGUCUUGUCUAACACGUAGUAACUAUUCUAAACAUCAAAUCCCCUCAGACAAAUUUUUUUUCUUAGCAACACUUUCCUUCCAGUCCCUCCAAGGACUGGAAGGGGUGCAAAGUUUCUUGAUUGAAGUUUUGAGACUAACGUUCCAAGUCCUUUAGCAAACUUGUUUAGUGAAUCACGCAGUGGUUGGUGACAUUGAACGAAGAGCAUUCAUAGAUUAUAAUAAUUUGAACUCAGUUGAACUGUUGCAAAUAAACAAUUUAAACAACUCUUGAUCGGCUGAAAGUGAAAACUGACUUUGUCAGUGGAUUACUUUACGUCAAAUUCUUACCUAACUUCCAAUUGCUGAUUUGUAGAUGAGUGUAAAACAGGACUACAUAACUGCCACGAUGAUGCAUCCUGCACCAACACCAAGCGUUCCUUCACUUGUACUUGUAAGCCAGGAUAUACUGGGGAUGGUGUUAACUGUGCAGUUAGCAAACCAUACGAAGCUUAAACUAACAGGAUUUCAUCUUUAGGUUUAUGCUAUUCCAUACCAAAAAGAUUAGAGCCAAUCAGAAAGCUGGAAACCGGUUUCAUAUUUAGUCGUGGUAUAUCAUAGAUCGGUAGUUUCUUGGUGUGUGUUGUGGACUGGUGCAAUCACAAAAUGACGUAAUACAAAAGAUUAAAAAACACUGAACAAUAUCCACACCACAUAACAAUUAUGGCUUACCAAGAAUGGCCCCAUCACCAAGAAACACCCCACAGGUCGUAUCCACGAUAAAUGUUGGUGUUACAGUCGAACCUGUAUUGAGUGGUCACCCUCGGGGAAUGGCUAAGUGACCGCUUAAUACAGAGUGACCGCCUAAUACAGGUUGCAAGAAAUAUAGUUCAAAGAAUUAGAUCUCCAGUGCUGAUCAGAACAGACGUUGGUCAUGACCUCAAAUAGAAACAUUCAUUUCCAGCGUUUUAAUGGUUUGCGAAAAUAAACAAGGAAAUCAAUUGUUGUACCUCGUGUGUUAUAUUAUUUGAAACUGUUUGAACACCGUGUGACCGUUUAAUAUAGGUUAAGACAAUAGAAAAAGUCUAGUUGGGACUUUGCAAAUGGUGACCGCGACCGCUUAAUAGAGGUCAAAAUUACAGUUCAUCAAGAGAAGUAAUUUUCGGGACCUUGAAAACUGACCGCUUAAUAGAGGGUGACCGCUUAACACAGGUUCGACUGUAGUUGCAGCCUCCAGAUCCCAAUAGCCUGCAAACAGGCUCACAUGUGUGAGUUCUCGCUGGCUUUGCGUGCUCGAGCCGCCCAAAUUUUCUUUUUCGAAGGCUAAACUCCCCCAGGGAAAGCUUUCCAAGUGUGCAACAUGUAAAACAGAGUGGACAUUAAAGUCGAACAAAGUCAGUUGAUUACUCAGCAUUAACUCUUGAUUGCAGACAUAAACGAGUGUGAGACUGGAAACCACCUAUGUGACACCGAUAUUUCAGAGUGCAAAAACAAUAAAGGAUCUUACAAGUGUGUUUGCAAAAGUGGAUCUGAAGAUAUAUGUAGAGGUAAGUAUACCACCGAGCUCUUCAAGAUAUGCUUAUUGAAAUGUAUACUUUAAAAAUGUCUUCCUCUUUUCUCGGGUUUACGCGGGGUGAAUCAGGUUGAAAUGAUAAAAGCAUCGACAAAAGAGGAAUGUGUACGGCAUAUUAUGAUGCUUAACAGAUCUACGGUUUGAUAAUUCAACAUUAACUCUUAAUUUGCAGACAGAAACGAGUGUGAGACAGUAAAACACAACUGUAACGCCACCAGUUUAUUUUGCCGUAACACCAAAGGAUCCUUUAGGUGUACUUACAGGGAAGGGUAUUCU